AUGUGCUUGAAGGGUAGCAGGAAUUGUCCAAUCUGGGCAGUGGGUCUGGCGGGUAUGUGGUAUCUCUACGGCGAUGAUCUGGCAAGACUUGGCCCUCAGGAGGGCGUAGGGAGGCUGAUUAGUUGUCCCCACUUGUUCGAGGACGUCGUCUUCACCCUCCCUCGUCUUCGAGGUGGAAGAAUUGCACCAACCCCACAGUUCCUGGUGAGGCCAAACUGCACAUGUCUGCAACUUGCGUCCUACCGCGAAGGCCUCAAGCCGAUCGAGGUCAAUGAGGCGGUUGGUACAACCAACAACUGUCAAGUGUCUGCCGUGGAGCGCGUGGAUCAAGAGGAGUUGGUGAUUGGUACACUGACAGAGAGGUUUAUGUGGACUUCUGGCCAAACCGACUGUAUUCGUCACGAGAAAGUCGUACUUUUCGGCAUUCUGGCCGCGCUGUCUGUUGCCGACCGGGUGGCAGCCCCCGGCCGUGGGCCAUCCCAGCUAGACAACGGGCCACGGCCUGUGGCACUUGUAGAACAGCAGCCUCUUCCCCAUCCCCAGCCCCCUCUCCAACCCCGUUCCCUUGGCCGCAUCUUUGCCUACUCCCUGCUCAGCCGGCCAGACAUGCAGGCCGCAUGUACACCGGAGCGUAGGCAUUCGAGUGUCUUGGAGACACUCUUGCGCGUCCAGCUAUGUACAUGA